UUUACACACUUUAGUAUUAAUAGAAAUAGAGCUGAAAAGAUUGUCGCUAUGUAAAAAAAAUAUAUAACUUGGAUCAUAUAAUUAAAAUUAUAUUACGAUAAAGUCGGUAGUGUAUGGAAUCUGAAGUACGAAGCGAAGCUAGUCUAAGUCAGAGACGGUGGUCGGAACUCGGGCCAGCUGAGAGAUUAUUAUUUUUCUUUGGACAUCUCCCGGACCCGGUUAGCAUCGACAAUGAAAUAGACUCUUCAGUGAAACAUUUUCAAGAAAUCAGACAUUUCCUUAUCUGUAACUUCACUAGUGAUAAAAUGCACAGCAAAAUUAUUGAACAAAUGACCUUUAAUAAGAUACUACAGAUGGAAAGCCUUCCUUGGUUUAGAUACCAAGCUAUGCGACCGCUUUCCAGUAAUGCCAGCUUGAAAAAUCAAAAUCAUUAUGAGCGUCUGAAACUACAGAGAAACUGCUCGACAACUGAUAUUAAAGUGUCCUUUUUCCGGUUAUCAAAGGAGAUUCAUCCAGAUAAAAAUCCAAAUUCCCUUAAACAUCAUAAGGAAUUUGUUGCGCUCAAUGAAGCUUACUCAGUCUUAAGUAAGCCUCACUUGCGUCUUGCUUAUGAUGCAGAACUUGCACACCAAGAAGGUCCCAAAAGGCACACACAUAGUGGAAUUGUGACGGAUGCUCCACGAGAAAGAGUUAUAUUUAAAGAUGAAUCUCUAUGGGAGAUGCGAGACAAGAGUGAAGACCAUAAGUAUGAGGGUCGGCCUUAUUAUGGAAUUCAAAGCAUCAAUAAGAAGUUACCAAACUCUUACAUUGCAAGUGGAGCUGUCUGCCUGUUGAUUAUUGGUGCUGUCGUCCAUUUCUUCAUUGCCAAAAAAUCUUCUGAAUUUGCUAUUGAAAAAUUAAAUCAGCGUGACAAAACUGCUAGCCAGCACUACAUGUUAGCAAGAGAACAAGCUCAAAUGAAUGGAAAUGAACUACAGAUGUUGCUGUUCAAGAAAAAGACUGAAGCAAGAAACCAUAAUAAUGACUGAUACCGUCCAAGCAAUACAUUGAAAUACUGUACACAUUUUCUUAAUGCGGACCCUUGAAUGUACAGAAGUGUGAACUGAAGUAGUUUCUAAUUAGCAGACCAUCAGAUUUUUCUGAACCACAUUACCCCCCCUGGCAUUAUUUCAUAGCAUUACCUUGGCUCUUAUUUUCUCCCAAAAAUGAUCAGGAAAUUUUUCUGUACAGUGUAAACUCACUUGAGUGAACUAUGUGAGGGAAGGCCAAUUGGCUCCAUGAGGAAUUUCAUUCUACCUAAUGACCUUAAAGGCAACCACCACCCCCUGUUAAAAGAAACUAUUUUUGGAGGGCUUACAUCCAUGAUAAUAAAUAUACAGGUUCGUGACUUACCUUAUCAGGAGAGUAGUGUAGUGAAAUACCAAUAUUUUCUUAACACUGACACACAUAAACUGAAGCUGUAAGUACAAAUCCAUCAUAACCUAUUUUUCAAUUCUAUAUUAAACAAACAUCAUUAAAAAUGAACUGGUUAUAAAUUUAUCAUUUUGAUCAUAGCCUAUGAUACAGCAAACAUUCGCAAACAAUUCCAUAUUAAGCACUGCACUGCGCCACCCUACAUAACACAGGGCAUGGCAGUGCACCACCUAACUCACGAAAGAUGUUAGGAUAUCGUAAGAUUUAAAACGCACGUGUGGUAGACGCCUGAGACCUCCAGCGAGCAGCAGCCAUCUUGAAAAAAAUUCCCCACAUGCCCCAGUUGGCUCAGUUCUUAGUGAGCAACCAUGACUAGUGCACACACUCCUCCGACUCCCAAUUUCCUGUCGGACGCGGUGUCGAAAGAUCGCUCUCUGAUGAUGAAAUUCAGACCUUAUGGUUUAAAAAAGAUAAGUGUAGUGAUAUUGAUGAAGCAAGGCAUGAUAAAGACCUAACACAACUGUCAGAUACAAGUUAUACAGCAUGGAUGAGGACGAUACAGCGAGUGUAUCCAGUACAGGGUGAGCGCCAGGUGUGCUGCGGCCUCCCAGGCCAUCGCCCUCGCCAUUAUUAUCACCACCUGUGUCAUCUCCAACUUUUUAAGAAAGUAAUACUAUAUAUGAAUAGUUUUCUGGGUUCAGUGAUGCAGCUUCUGUUACAAGUAGCAUAAUAAAUGUUGAACAUGAUAACAAAUAUCAUGAUGUUUAACAGUGAUAAAUUCCAGGUACAGGCAUACCUCAGAAUAAGAGUUUAAUCCGUUCCUGGAGACGCCUCGCCUUCCGAAAA